CUAUACAAAAACUUUAUUAUCUUCUUUACUUUCAUUUGUUUAUCAGUUACAGAGAUACGAGUUAAUAUUUGCUGUUUAUUUAUUACUUAUUUACUUAUUUUUGAUAAGUAUAAAACUAGGAAAUUUUAGUAUCUAGUGUUUCAUAUCACAAUAAGGUUAGAUAUAUCAGCAAAUUACACGUAUAAGUAAAAUUAAUACUAAUAUGGAGAAUAAUAAAAAAGUUUCAUGUGACAAAAUGCAAUAUAUAACAGAAAAAGACAUCAAAUUGAUUGUUGCCAAAUAUGGAUAUGAGAGCGAAGACACCGUCAUAGAAAAAUACGACGUGCACUAUGCAAGUGACAAAUUAAUUGGAUUUGUGUCGGACUAUUUGAAACUUCAAAUAUCUGUAAGUUCUAACGGCACACGAAAAUUGUUGAGUUUCUUUGUUAAAGCAAUUUCUAAAAUGAAUGAUGCUAAGGCAAACAUGGCAAAGGACUUGGGGGCCAUUGAAAAAGAAAUCAUGUUUUAUGAUGUUAUUAAAAGGAAUCUAGCAGUACCAGGUUUGAAACCAUGGAGCCCACACUUUGUAACAUAUCUGCAAGACGCUGUAGUUUUUGAAGACUUAUCAGCUCUACAAUACGAGAUGAGGAGUCGAUUUGAAAAAUUUGAUAAACGACAUACUUUGAAAGCACUUCAAACAUUGGCCAGAUUCCAUGCUGGCUCUAUUGUCUUUGAGGAAGUAAAAAGUAAAGAACUUCAGCGACCAUAUACAGUUAAUGAACAGUAUAAGGAUACUUUAGGAAGAAGUGGGUACAUAGAAUCCGAUCCUUGGUUCAUACAAUGUAGAACUACUGGGUUGGAAGCCGUAAGGACCUUUUCAAAGUAUAGAUUAAAUGUAGACUACAUGAAAAUCAUUGAACGCCGCUGGGACGCUGUUUUUAACUCCGCUAUGCUUUUAGGAGAUCCUUCUUCCGAGCAUCGUAAUGUUAUAUGUCAUAGAGAUUUGUGGAAUAAUAACAUUCUAUUUCAUUAUAAGAAAUUACAGAAUAACAGUGUUGUGCCUGACGAUUGCGUAUUUGUGGACUUUGUGGUAGCACGCUACAUGCCUCCUGCAGGCGACGUCAUGCAACUACUUCACUGUAACUUAAAUCCUCGCUUUCGGAAAGACAACCUGCAUACUUUCUUGAAUUACUACUACGAUGAACUCAAAGUUAUUCUGAAGAGCAAUGAUAUUGAUAUCCUAAAUAUUAUGAGCAGAGAAAAAUUUAUAACUUCAGCUAAAGAACAAAAUCUGUGGGGUCUUGUAACUCAUGCUUGUUUAGUGGAAAUAUUUUGGAUGGAUGACGAUAUGACGACAAAUGCUUUUACUGAGUCAGCACAAUUUCAUAAAAUAAUGUACCGGGAUAAAGCGACCUAUGUUAUAAAUAUAAUGAAAAAUAAUGAGGAUUACAAGAAUAUUCUUUUAGAGGUUUUUGAAGAGUUUAUUGAAGAUUAUCUUCUAAAUCAAAAUUAACUUAUACCGAAUAGGUACAUAUUUUAUUAUAUUAAUCCGUAAACGACAUAAACGUACCUAAUAUUUUCUGUAAUUCUACUAUCAAUAUUAUAAUUAUAUUCUACUGUAUCCACGAAUAUAAACUCGAUUAAAUCGAACGUGUCGAAAAACGGGCGUUUAACUUGGUUUAAGCGCUGGCUUCCCGUCAUGAUAGCUCCACUCCAUGUUGGAAUGGAGCAAAUUGAAGUGAAAAAAUGUCAAUCAGUUGUCUGGAAGAUUACAUCCAGGACAAUAUAAUACCUCUUCUGCAGCAAACUCUGUUGACUUUGAAAUUUUUGACUACAGAUAUCUCUGUUUCUAUCUAUACCAUACAUGACGGUAGAUAAUCGCAGUAUAAGCCUAUUUGACCAUUUAUCUUUUAGUACCUGAUGAGAUAUUAUACAAGAAAUAUUGGAGCGACUAAUAAAACGUGCCUGGUACAGAGUCCGAUACCACGCUGCGAGUCAUGCAGGUUCCUCGGAUUCACAAUUGACGCCAAGCUGAAGUGGAAAGACCACGUAGACAAUUUGUGUGGAAGUUUGGGCAGCGCUUUAUUUGCUCUGCGCAAACUGAAACCAAUUGUCUCAAAUGACGCUCUAAAACAAAUAUACUACGCGUACUUCUUUUCACUGAUGCAAUACGGCAUAAUUUUGUAUGGAAACUCAACAGAUUCAGACCGAGUAUUUUUGAUGCAAAAAUGGGCUGUACGGAUAUUGGCUGGUGUGAAUCCGAGGCACUCGUGCAGAGAGCUCUUCAAAAAAUUCAAUAUGAUGACCUAUUACUCGCUUUACGUGUACGAAAUUAUAAUGUUUACGCGAAAACAUAUUCAUAAAUUCAAACGGUCAAAUAUGCUUGGCGAAAUAACCCGUCAAACGGGGCGAUUACUGCCCGUGCCGCGCCGACUAAGCGCUUCUCGACAAGAACCCGCGAGUAAUAGGUCCAUCACUUUAUGAACGCCUACCCGCCAGUAUCAGAAAUGUAACCUCCGACGACAUAUUUGGUCACCAAUUAAAAGAACUUUUACUAUCGACACCACUGUACUCAGUUAAAGAGUACACUGAAAUGUACAAAUAUUAAUGGACAUUGAUAAAAUUGCUUUUUUUAUAUUAUUUCCUUUGUUUAUCUUUCUUCUUAAGUUAGGUUAUUUAUAAUAUGAUUAUAAAAGUAAAAU